AUGUUUCAAAUACAAGGACCGUUUGAACAGUCUCUGCGAGGUGGAGAUGAAUUGUCACCAAAUGGAACCAAGACAUUAGCUGCCUUAGCUAAAAUUCACAAGCAUUGUACGGGAAAAGCGCAUGCGCACGGCUGUGGAGAUCACAAACACCCGCUUGUAAAAUCGGAUUCCAACACAAGCAUUCAAUCACGAAAAUCAUUUCGAAACGACUGUGUCAUAGAAAUACAAGAAACAAAGAAUGGCAACGGUAACUUAGCCAAAAAUGGUAACCACAACUCUUAUACAAAGAGUUUCAGUAACAGUACAAGCUCAUAUGACGGGCAUAGCGAUACCGAUUCCGAAAAUACAUUUAAAACGCGCACUGAAACUAAAGCUGAUCCAUGUGAACGGCUAUUCACACAAAACACAAAGGCAUCAUUAAUGAAAACAGCCCGUAUGCGCUAUGCCGAAGAUCCUGUUCCAGCUUUGCAUGACGAAGUUGAUGGAGAGAAAUGGAAAAAUGCUUUUAAUAGAACCCCUUCGAGGGGAAGCAUCAGGAAAUCGUCAGCUGUUACUAUUGAAGAAGUAAAGUCUGAGGGCUUGCGCAACGACGAUGAUCUUUCCCCUGUUGGUAUUGACGAUAAAAAGAAAAUAGAAAAUAAGUCACCCCUCGUGCGAAAAGGUUCCGGUAGAGUGAUAAAUGGUAAAAAUAUAAAUGGCGCGAAGCCUCCAUGGCGUGGUACAUCCAAAAAUGGUAACCAAAAUGAACCAUUUGUUCGGACGGGAUCACUGCGUGGGAGCAUCAGGAAGAAAAAGCCCGACGGAGUUCCUUGGCGAAGGCUUUACGACCUUGCCAUGUGGAGACGUUAUGGAGUGAGCUUUGCUGCUAAAGGGGCGGACUCCGAACGUGCUCUUUUACGACCAUGGGCCGAGUUUUCAUCACACCCUCAACCUCACUACGAGGUAAGUAGUAAUCUAAAUAAGGGAAUAACCGUCCCCUCAAAUUGGCAACUGUAUUAG